AGGCGAAGGGAAAGGAAGGGGGGGGAGGGGGGACCGGCGGGGGCCAUUUUGCGGCGGCCGAUGGCGGCGGCACCGCCGAGGGGUUGAAGGAAGGCGGAGGCGGAGCGGGAGGCGCCUCUACGGGUCCCUCCGGCCGCUCCCGCCGUGGGCCGGGGCCGCUCAGGACCCCCCCCGCGUCACCGACACCGUGGAAGUGGAGUGUGAGGAGGAGGAGGAGGGCCCCGCGCACACAGGCGCCGGAACUCAGGAACUGGACGAGAAUUCGGGGCGACGGCCGCCGGCGCAGGAUGAGGCCCCCCCUUCCCAGCAGCCUUUGGGGCAACAGGGAGGUUUCGGGGUCCCCCCCGGCCCCCCAAUAUCGUCUCACCCAACGCUGCACCCACAGCUCCCCCCGGGCAGAAUGACGGGCAGCAGCCCGGUGUCUCCGGCCUCUUCGGGCUCCCCCGGCAGCGUUUCCCCUCCCGCGUCGUCACCCGCCGGUCCCCCUCGGCCCGAUGGCCCCCCCGGACCCCCGGAACCCCCAAGUUUGUGGGAUAAGACCCACGCCGAGAUCGCCGAACAGGCCAAGCACGAGGCGGAGGUGGAGCACCGGGUGGCGGAGAUGAAGCGCGAAGGCUUUUGGUCCCUACGCCGCCUUCCCAAAGUCCCCGAGCCGACGCGUCCCAAGGUGCACUGGGACUACCUCUGCGAGGAGAUGCAGUGGCUCGCCGCCGACUUCGCCCAGGAGCGCCGCUGGAAGAGGGGCGUCGCGCGCAAGGUGGUGCGGAUGGUGAUGCGUCACCACGAGGAGCAGCGGCAGAAGGAGGAGAGGGCCAAGCGGGAGGAGCAGGCCAAGCUGCGCCGCGUGGCCGCCGCCAUCGCCAAGGAGGUCAAACAGUUCUGGAGCAACGUCGAGAAGGUGGUGCAGUUCAAGCAGCAGUCGCGGCUGGAGGAGAAGCGCAAGCAGGCGCUGGAUCUGCAGUUGGAUUUCAUCGUGGGCCAAACGGAGAAAUACUCGGAUCUGCUGAGCCGCAGCCUCAACGCCCCCCGCAGGGGCGGCGCCCACGCCGCGGAUCCGGAGGCUCCGGAUGAGGUCCCGGAGGGGCGACACCGCGAUCUGGAGCUGCCGCUCCACGAGCUCUUGGGGACGCGACCCCCACAGUCGCUGCUGCGGAGGAACCAUCGGCCGUGGGAGCCGCGCGAUGAGGACGAGGAAUUCGCUGCCGAGGACGAGGAAGGGGAGGACGAAGAGGAGACCAUUGCGGCGCAGGAGCGACUCGAGGGCGACGUCGACCACCAGCAGGAGCUCGACGACCUCGCCCGCGAGGGGGCGCUGCCGAUGGAGGAACUGCUCCAACGUUACGCCGGUGCCUUCGCCGACUCCGACUGCGACUCCGCGCCCGCCGCCAGCAGCACCCGUUCCGAGUCACCGGGAGCCGAAAGCGACGACGACGACGAUGAUGAAGACGAUGAAGACGACGACGAAGACGACGACGACGAAGACGACGACGACGAUGACGACGACGACGACGACCCCGAAGGCGACGCCUCCGUUCCCGAGGACCCUUCGCCGCCUCCCACCGCCCAAGAGCACCCAAAGGUCCCUCAACCCACCGCCGUCCCACCACCACCACCACCAUCUCCACCACCACCACCACCACCACCACCUCCUUCUUCUUCUUCUUCUUCUGCCGCCGCUCCCAAGAAGGAGAUCACCGACAUCGCCGCCGCCGCCGAGAGCCUUCAACCCAAAGGCUACACCUUGGCCACCACUCAGGUGAAGACCCCCAUCCCGCACCUCCUCCGGGGCACUCUCCGCGAGUACCAACACAUCGGUCUCGAGUGGUUGGUGACGAUGUACGAGAAGAAACUCAACGGCAUUUUGGCCGACGAAAUGGGCCUCGGGAAGACCAUCCAAACCAUCGCCCUCCUCGCCCACCUCGCCUGCCAGAAGGGCAGUUGGGGUCCCCACCUCAUCAUCGUCCCCACCAGUGUGAUCCUCAACUGGGAGAUGGAGCUCAAGCGGUGGUGUCCCAGCUUCAAGAUCUUAACCUACUACGGAGCUCAGAAGGAGCGGCGCCUCAAGCGGCAGGGUUGGACCAAACCCAACGCCUUCCACGUGUGCAUCACCUCCUACAAAUUGGUCCUCCAGGACCACCAGGCGUUCCGCAGGAAAAAUUGGAAGUACCUCAUCCUCGACGAAGCGCAGAACAUUAAGAACUUCAAAUCGCAGCGCUGGCAGUCGCUCCUCAACUUCAAUAGCCAACGUCGGCUGCUGCUGACGGGAACGCCGCUGCAGAACAGUUUGAUGGAGCUGUGGUCGCUGAUGCAUUUCCUGAUGCCGCGCGUCUUCCAAUCCCACCGGGAAUUCAAGGAGUGGUUCGCCAACCCCUUGGCCGGAAUGAUCGAAGGGAGCCAAGAGUAUAACGAGGGCCUCGUGAAGCGCCUCCAUAAGGUCCUUCGGCCCUUCCUGCUGCGCCGCCUCAAGGUGGACGUGGAGAAGCAGAUGCCCAAGAAAUACGAACACGUCCUUCGCUGCCGCCUCUCCAAGCGCCAACGCUUCCUCUACGACGACUUCAUGGGCCAAGCGAGCACCAAAGCCACGCUGGCGAGCGGUCACUUCAUGAGCGUCAUCAACGUUCUGAUGCAGCUGCGCAAGGUCUGUAACCACCCGGACCUCUUCGAGCCGCGUCCCGUCCACUCGCCCUUCAUCACCGAAGGCCUCACCUUCGUCACCGCCGCCCUCGUCCUCCGCGCCCUCGACCGCGACCCCUUCAAGGAGGUGGACAUGGCGCUCUUCUCGCUGGUGGCUCUGGAAGGUCACGUCUCGCGUUACGCCGCCCGGACCUUCGUCCCACGCUGGAGGGUGACGCGAAGGCUCCUCGAGGACGUGGCCGCCGCUCCCGACCCUCUGCCGCGACCCAAACCCGUCCGGAUGAAAGUCAACCGGAUGCUGCAGCCGGUGCCGAAGGCGGAGAACCGGGCGGUUCUGCUCCUGAACCCCUCGCGCCCCACAGCCCCCCCCGCGCCCCCCACUUCCCAUUUGGGGGUUCUCCCUUUAAGCCCCGCCCCCUCCACCGCCGUAGCCCCGCCCCCUCCUCUCCUCGUAGCCCCCCCCGGGGUCACUUUAGCCCCCGCCCUUAUGGCUACCGCCCCCCCCACCCCGGUAGCCACCGCUGCCCUCCCCUCCCCCAACCCGGGAGGUGGUGCUCUGACGACGACUCCGACCCCACUCGGCCCCGCCCACAUCGCUUUUAGCCACGCCCCCGCCGCGGCUGGCCACGCCCCCUCGGCGAUCAAUUUGGUGCCUGCUGGUCUUAGCCACGCCCCUACGGGGCUUGGCCACGCCCCCUCGGCGCUGCCCACUGCGGGGCUCGGGCUGGUGGCCACGCCCCCUCGGCCCACCCUGAUGGCCACGCCCACCGCUGGAGCGGCGCAUGCGCUGCCGCCAUCUCCUUUGGCUUCCGCCCCUCCUUCCGCCCCACGGCCUCCGCCCCCCCCGAACCCCCAAACUUUGGGGGCGAAGGGGGGUCCCCCUUUAGCUGCGUACGCCCUGCCGGGGCCCGGGCCUCAACGCCUCCUCUUGGCCCCCGACAUGCAGGCCCGGCUGCCCUCGCCGCAGCGCCCCCCCAAAGCGCCUCAGGGCCCCCCCAAACGGUCGCGGGGCCCCCCCAAACUUCGGCGGGGCCCCCCACGACCACCGCAGCGCCCCCACAACCGCGGCCAUUGCUUCGAGUCGUACCCGCGGCUCCCCCCGGCGCCGCCACCGAUCUGCUGGCCCCCCCGGCCCCCCCCGCGCCGGCAGCCCCCGCCCCCCCCGCGCUCCCCAUUCUACCUGGAGUCGCUGGAGGCGAAGCGAGCGCGGGGUCGCGCCGAACGCCUCGACCGCCUCUUACGUCUCAACGAGCUCCGCUGCGCGUUGGCGCCCGUUUACGGCACCGAAAUCCUCGCGCUCUGUACCUUUGGCCCCCCCGGACCCCCCCCGGGGGGCGCUUUGGCUCAGGCCCUCCUCAGCCCCCCACAACGCCUCCAGCAGCUCCAGCCCCUCCUCGACAGAUUCCUGGUGGCCCUUCCGGCGGUGGAAGCGCGAACGUUGACGUUACGGAGUUGUCGCCCUCUUCCCUGGAGGUUACGGCAAAGGGAACAGUUGGAAGCGCGACUGCAGGAAGAAUUCCGACGUCGUCGCGAUCCCGAACUUCAUCGCAUCCUACGGACCAUGAGGACCUCUUUCCCGGAUCUCCGUCUCAUCCAAUACGACUGCGGGAAGCUGCAGACGUUGGACCUUCUCCUUCGCCGCCUCAAGGCCGACGCCCACCGCGUCCUCAUCUUCACGCAGAUGACGCGGAUGCUCGACGUCCUCGAGCGCUUCCUCACCUAUCACGGACACAUCUACCUGCGCUUGGACGGCAGCACCCGCGUCGAGCAGCGCCAGGUCCUGAUGGAACGUUUCAACGCCGAUAAACGCAUCUUCUGCUUCAUUCUGUCCACCCGAAGCGGUGGUGUUGGGGUCAACUUGGCCGGCGCCGAUACGGUCAUCUUCUACGACAGCGAUUGGAAUCCCACCAUGGACGCUCAGGCCCAGGACCGCUGCCACCGCAUCGGCCAGACCCGAGAUGUCCACAUCUACCGGCUCAUCAGCGAGAGGACGGUGGAGGAGAACAUCCUCAAGAAGGCCAACCAGAAGCGGCUCCUGGGGGACAUGGCCAUCGAGGGCGGCAACUUCACCACCGCCUACUUCAAACAGCAAACCAUCCGGGAACUCUUUGAGAUGACACCUGAAGAACCUCCGCGUCGCGAUGGGGACAAAGAGAAGGACGGAGACCUUCCGGAGGACGAUGAGGACGCGGUGGCCACGAGACGGACCCACAUCCUCGAGCAGGCCCUUUGUGGAGCAGAAGAUCCGGAGGACAUCCGAGCGGCGUCGCAGGCGCAGGCGGAGAGAGUGGCGGCGAUGGCGGAGUUCAACGAGAACUUCAGCCCCGAGGAGGAACGCGGAGGAACCGAACCCGAAGAAGAACUCUCCAAGGCCGAACAGGAGAUCGCGGCCCUCGUGGAACAGCUGACGCCGAUCGAACGUUAUGCCAUGAACUUCCUGGAGGCGUCGCUGGAGGACGUCAGCCGCGAGGAGCUCAAACAGGCCGAGGAGGUCGUCGCCGCCGCCCGCAAAGACAUCGACGAAGCCAAAGGCGUUUCGCGCUUCCGUUUGGCUCCGACGGAAGACGACGACGACGACGACGCCACCACCGCCGCCACCGCCACCACCGACGGCGCCGCUCCGACGCCUCCGCUCCCCCCCGACGACUCCACCUCCGCGCGACGUCUCCGCCGCCUCAAACCGCACAUUCGCGCUAACACCGAACGUACCGGAACGCGAACGAGUCAACGCCUCCGCGGUGGCAACAACGCCGUCAUGGCGGCGGCGGUGGUGGCGACCCCGACGUCACCCACCGAAACGGACGGCGACGGCGCUGUGACGCCGCACGCCGCGCCGACGCCGGAUGAAUCGGCGCCGCCGCACGCCGCUACGCCGCCGCCGCCGUCGCCGCACGCCGCCACGCCGCCGCCCACGCCGCCGCACGCCGCUACGCCGCCCCCCGAGCCGCCAUCGCCGCACGCCGCCGCCUCGCCGCCGCCGCCGCCCGAACCGCCGCGCGUUCCUCGCCGCCGCCGCAGCGCCGACGUGGAAAUCCGGCAAAGCCGCGGCCCCGGUCCCGCCGCGAAAGUCCUCCGGCAGCUCCCGGGACGAUUAGUAACGGUCUUAGAACCGCCGGCGCCCGGCCGGCCGCGCCGCCGCCGCCAUCACCACCAGCACGAGGCGUCGAGCGGCGCUGCGCCGACCAAGCGUCGCCGCGGGCGACCGCCCAAACGCCGCGGUGUUCCGCCAGCGCGGCGCCGCCGGACGCCGGCGCAGUUGGAAGCGGCCACGCGGCGGCGAGGGAGACCGGCGAGAGCGGCGACGGCGGCGGCGGCGGCGAAUCCCGGGAAGCGUCGUCGAGGGCGUCCGCCCAAACGCGGCGCUUCGCCGGCGGCGCGGAGCACUCGGCGUCACCCGGCGGCGGCGCUGAUGGCGCCGUUGGAAAGAGAGCCGGGAAGGCGGCGGCGGUGUCGUUCGCCGCCGUCGUCGGCGGAGGAGGAAGAGGACGGCGGGAGCGAGGAGGCGCCGCCGGCGAAGCGUCGGCGUCGCGUGGCGCGGCAGCAGCGGAGGAGGGCGCUGGCGGCGGCGCGGAGGGGGCGGCAACCGCGCAGGCAACAACCGCCGAGGCGAUGCGCCGUCCCCGCCGCCGCCAACAGCGAAGGCGCCGCCGCCACCGCCGCUUCUGCCACCGUGAGAGGGCGGAAAGCCAAGACGUGACGGCGCCCCCCGGGCGGGGGGGGAAAGAGCGGCCAGUGGGGACGUGAGGAGGGUGAAGUGGGACCCAAGGUGGCCGAAGAGGGGUGUGAGGUGGGGGAAGGGGACCCCAAGAUGGCUGCUGAGGGGCUUUCUGUGGCCCUAAGAUGGCUGACAGGGGCCAAAGGUGGUGGAAUGGGGCACCAAGAUGGCCGCCUAGGGGCCUCAUGUGGCCCUAAGAUGGUCAAAUGGGGCCCCAAGAUGGCCGACAGGGCCUCAAGAUGGCCGACAGGGGCCUAAGGUGGUGAAAUGGGACCCCAAGAUGGCCGACAGGGGCCCAAGAUGGGGGAAGGGGACCCCAAGAUGGCCGCUUAGGGGAUUCCUGUGGCCCUAAAAUGGUCAAAUGGGGCCCCAAGAUGGCCAACAGGGGCCUAAGAUGGGGGAAUGGGGCCCCAAGAUGGCCGCUAGGGGCCCAAGAUGGUCAAAUGGGACCCCAAGAUGGUGGAAUGAGACCCCAAGAUGGCCGCCUAGGGGCUUCCUGUGGCCCUAAAAUGGUCAAAUGGGGCCCCAAGAUGGCCGAAAGGGGCCCAAGAUGGCCGAC